AUGAACUAUCUUCAAACGGAUUAUCAUGCAAUUGAAAUUACUUUAACUAAUUUGAACAGCAAUUCACGUGACUUUAUGGUCCGUCAUCAGUUAAAUACAACUAGAAAUGGAUCAAAUAAUUACCUAACUGAUGAAAAUGUUAUCAAUGAACUAUCAACAAGUAAAUUGAAUUUAGCAAACAAUAAAAUUUACUUAUCAAUUAUUUUACAAUAUUUCAAACACUUUAACUAUAUACUGAUUACAAUGAUUAAAGAUGUGUUAUAG